AGAAAAGGGCGGUGCGUGUGCUUGGAGCCCGGCCGAGUUCAGCACCUGUCUUCACAGGAGCCAGCCCACUUCGACCACUUCCGCGAGUGGCCCGACGGCUACGUGCGCUUCAUCUACAGCAGCGACGAGAAGAAGGCGCAGCGCCACCAGAGCGGCUGGGCCAUGCGCAACACCAACAACCACAACGGCCACAUCCUCAAGAAGUCGUGCCUGGGCGUGGUGGUGUGCGCGCACGGCUGCGUCCUGCCCGACGGCUCCCGGCUGCAGCUGCGACCGGCCAUCUGCGACAAGGCGCGGCUGAAACAGCAGAAGAAGGCGUGCCCCAACUGUCAUUCGCCUUUGGAGCUGAUUCCUUGUCGAGGGCACAGCGGGUACCCUGUAACCAAUUUCUGGCGGCUUGACGGCAGCGCCAUAUUUUUUCAGGCCAAGGGGGUCCACGACCACCCAAGACCAGAGAGUAAGUCGGAGACGGAAGCUAGAAGAAGUGCCAUUAAGAGACAUAUGGCUUCUUUCUUCCAGCCCCAGAAGAAGAGAAUUCGAGACCCUGAGGCAGGAGAAAAUCAAGACAGACGUGGAAAUUUCAACACACCACCCCUGGAAAAUCCAGAACUGCUCGACACAAUUGCUGACCCCAGCUUCCCUAUUUCAGCUCAGACUUGCCCCUCCUUCCCAAACUCUGAGGCUUACAAAGCCACCUGUGACCUUGCCACCUUUCAAGGAGACAUAAUGCCACCCUUUCACAAGUACCCAACCCCAAGAAUCUAUUUGUCCAGGCCAACUUGUAGGUAUGAAUUGGCAGGCCCUGGUUACACAAAUUCGAACCUAUAUCCUACCUUGUAUACAGAUUCCACCAGUGUCCCUAAUGAAACAGAGUGGGUUCAUCUGAACACACUUCAGUAUGAUGUCAAUUCCUACAAUAGCCAUGAGAGAGGCUAUGACUUUACCAAUAAACAGCAUGGCUGGAGACCAGCUCUUGGAAGACCUGGCCUUGGGGAAAGAAUUGACCAUGGAGAGUUCCAGGCCAUGGCCACUAGGCCUUAUUAUAACCCAGAGGUUCCCUGCAGGCAUCUCACAUCCCCCCCAGCAGGUGCUCCAGCCCUGCAGACCGUCAUCACCACCACCACCAAAGUGUCCUACCAGGCCUUCCAGCCCCCUGCUCUGGCUUACAGUGACCAUGUGCUAGAGCACUCCAGCCUUUCCAGCUGCAGCUAUGUUUCUGAAAAUGCUCUGAUGUCCGUCCAUCCAGAACCCCUGGACCCCCCAGCCAGCACCAACAGAGCGGCCUCUCCUCUAACACUUCCAGGAGACUGCCAGGCCAUCAGACCCACACUGGACUUCCCUCAGCAGGAGGCUCCCUCGAGAACAGAUGGAGCAGACACUUGGGACGUGUGCUUGUCUGGGCUGGGCUCUGCAAUGAGUUACUCGGAUAGGGCGGUCCCAUUCUUGAGCUAUGACAAUGAGGACUUCUGAAAGACAAUCCAGGAUGCACCCA